AUGUCUUUUGUUACAUUAGACUGCCCUUCUAUCUCAUCUAUGGAUAUACUAACUACCCAACAAACGGAAUCCCUGGCAACUACUUGGCCUAUCCGUCGAAGAAAUCAAGUCCGCGCCUUAUGCCGUAAAAACUUAACCCUUCUCUACCGCUCUUGGUGGUGGACUCUCCUAAGAGCUUUCAUCAUCCCUAUAGUAGCAACCUUCUACAUGGGUAUCAUCAAAUCCCUCUUCUACCCAACUCAAAACUAUGGUAUCGCAUCUCCAAACCAAUCCAUUAUCUCCCUCCCUGAAGCCGUCGGUACAAUGCCAAUCGCUUACUACUCAAACGACCUCUCUCUAGCAUCUGUCUCCCAAAUGCAAGCCAUUAUGGAAACUGCUACCCAAAAUAUCCCCUCUUCCCAACUCCAAUUAGCCGCCUCUGCAAACGAUAUCUUCACAAUCUGCCCCCAGUCAAUCCGUGGUGUCUCCGUCUGCUACGGUGCAAUCCAAUGGAAUGAAAUUGACCCAGAAUCUGGAAUUUACAACUAUACUAUCCGUAGUAGUGCUGGCAGAACUUCAAUCAAUGUCCUUGAUAAAUCAACAAGCAUCGACAAGUAUAUUCUCCCCCUCCAGCUCGCUAUCGAUAACGCCAUUGCAAACACAACUACCACUGCAAAUUCAAUCCCAUUUACCUCCAUCACAAAUGAAGAAAACUCCCGUAAACGCGAUCAAAACUAUCUCAAUCUCGUCCGUAACUGGGUCUCUCCAUUCAUGUACAUUGGUCUCAUUGGUGUCGUCUACCAGCUCGCCGGGUUUGUCGCAGAAGAACGUGAACUUGGCCUUACUGACCUGCUCGACUCUAUGGGUAGUUCCUCAUUCUCCCGAAUCACCGCCUAUGUCUUCUCCUACUCAGCCGUCUACCUAGCCAGUUGGAUCGGUAACGGUAUCCUCAUGUACUUUUUAUUCUUCAAACACUCAAAUGCUGCUAUCCCUAUUGUUUCCGCCAUCCUUAACGGCGCUGCCUCUGUCUCCUGGGCCAUUCUACUUGGUACCCUCUUCAAGCGUGCUCAAAUGGCUGGUAUCAUUUCUGCCUGUGCUUCCUUUGUUCUGGCUCUCCUUACUGCUGUUCAAACUCAAGCUGGAGAUGGACCCAACUCCCCAGCAGCACUAUAUGUCCUUUCCUUUCUCUUUAACCCCAUGAGUUACUCCUUUAUGGUCCAGCUCAUGGCAAUUAAUGAAGGUCAGUACCUCCCUCUCAACCUUUUCCAACAUGGCUACAAUAAUACCACAUACCCCUUUGUCGUUUUCAUCGCCCCAAUCUUCCAGUUCUUCUUUUACAUUGCUUUAGCUCUUAUUUUUGACCGCUUUCUCUAUGGGAAAAUUAGAGCCUCCAAGACCCUCAGCAACUCAGAAAAUGCUAUUGAGAUUUCAAACCUUACAAAAGUUUACACUUCAACAAACUUUCAACUCAAAAAGUCAAACUUCACUGCCGUCGAUAACCUCUCUCUUUCUAUCGCUUCAAACCAAAUCUACUCUCUCUUGGGUGCAAACGGUUCCGGUAAAACAACCACUUUGGAAAUGAUUGCUGGUAUCCAGAAAUCUACUUCAGGCUCCAUCGCUUUUAAACCUGGAACACGUCUUGGUAUUUGUCCUCAAAAGAACGUUCUUUGGGAAAACCUUACUGUUGCUGAACACAUUCGUAUCUGGUCAGAAAUUAAAGGCGUCCCCGUUAGACAUCUCCCCAGAAUCACUGACCUUUUCAUCGAAAAGUGUGGCCUUGUUGGUAAAGAAAGCACAUUUAGUCAAAAUCUCUCUGGUGGCCAGCAACGUAAACUCCAACUUGCUGUCAUGUUUACUGGUGGUACCAAUGUCUGUUGUAUUGAUGAGGUUUCUUCCGGUGUUGACCCCCACUCUCGCCGUCUCAUCUGGGACAUUCUUAUGAUGUUUAAGCGUACCCAUACAAUUAUUCUCACUACCCACUUUCUAGACGAAGCUGAUAUCCUCUCUGAUCACAUUGCUGUUCUUUCCAAAGGUGUUCUACAAGCUCAAGGAAGCCCAAUGCAACUCAAGGAAUCCUUUGGUGAAGGUUACCGCGUUUUCAUUGACCGCGCUGGCACUGGCCAAGAAGAAAGUUACUCUUUCCCCAAUGCCCAAGCCGUUAUCCCCUACAUUUCUGAACUUGAACAAAAUAAUAUUUCCUACCGUGUUGCUGGUCCUGAGCUUGAAGACGCCUUUUUGAAGCUUGCCAGAAAAGACCAUGAUGGUAUUUCUUUAGAAGAAAUUGAAACAAAACUGGUCAAACAAGAUAGUCCUUCUGGUUCAUCCGUCGUCCAGAGCAAACAAAUUGGGUUUUUCGUUCAGCUCCAAGCAAUGAUUCUCAAAAGACUCAUUAUCCUCAUGCGCUCACCCUUUGCCGAUAUUGCUUACCUUCUCCUCCCUAUCAUUGUUGGUGCCGCUUGUCACAGCUUUUUGCAACACAAUGAACCCACUCUUGUGUGCAACGCUUUAUCCCGUUACAGUGAUCAAACUUAUACCCACCCUCAGAAUAUCGAUUUUAACAUGCCAAUCACUUCUGGACUUUCCACAAGUGACCUCAAAUCAUUUCUCACCGCCCAAUCGUCCUUCCAAAAUAUCACUUCAAACAUCACCAACGGCAUCCACUAUGUUAACUCUUUUGACAAUUUCUACAACUACAUCAAAUCAAACUUUUCUUCUGUCAAACCAGGUGGUUUGUCUCUCGAUAAUGGAUACACUCUGGCUUACCAGGCUGAUUCUAGCGAUACAAGUCAUUCUGUCUUUUACGCUUCCUUCAUGAUGAAUAUGCUCUCCAACGUCCUCAAUAACAGAACUCAAACAAUUGUUACUUCUUACUCACCCUUCCAAAACUCUUGGGUCGUCUCAACCAGCAAAGACCUCCAGUUUUCCAUCUUUUUCAGUCUCGGUAUGGGUAUUGGCCCAGCUUUUGCUUCUCUCUACCCUACCUUUGAGCGUCUCAGUAAGGUCCGUGCCAUGCAGUACUCCAAUGGUCUCCGAGUCUUGCCUCUCUGGACUGCUUAUAUUUUGUAUUACCUUGUCAUCAUGCUCAUUCUUUGCGAUAUUUGUCUUGGUAUUAUGGCUUCUGGUCUUAACACAAUCUACGCAGCUGGCCACAUGUAUCUUUGCUUCCUCUUGUUUCUCAUUUCCGCUACACUCACUUCCUUCAUUAUUUCUCUUUUUGUCAAGUCUCAGCUGGCAGCUUUCGCAACUGCUGCUGCUUACCAAGCGGUCGGUGUGCUUCUUUACCUAAUGGCCUUUUUAUCUCUUCAGGCUUUUGGAGACCCUACAACCCUCAACAGCACUCUUCGCGUCGUUUACUUUGCUAUUGCUUCUGUUUCCCCCAUCCAAAGUCUUCUGCGCUCCAUCUUCCUUUCUAUGAAUUUGUUUUCCGUUUUCUGUGACGAUGAUAAUAAUAUCUACCCCCCAGCUCAUCUUUUCGCCUAUGGCGGCCCCAUCAUGAUGCUUUUCCUCCAGUGUAUCGUUCUCUUUGGUAUCCUAAUUUGGUGGGAAAGUGGCUCUCCUUUGCGUGACACUUGGCGCCGCCUCAAAGCCUUCGUCUCCUGGCGCAAAAAUUGGAUGCAGUUUGAGGACCAGGAAAUGGGCGAGUUCCAAGCUAUCCCUGAAGAAGUCUUACAGGAAAAAAACGAAAUUGAAACUAAUUUGGAACGUUAUGCUGAUGGGCUGGCCCUGAAAAAUGUGAGACGUGAAUACAGCGGCAAGUUUGUGGUUGAUGGUGUAUCAUUUGGUGUCCAGCGCGGUGAAUGCUUUGCUCUGUUGGGUCCCAACGGUGCCGGUAAAACUACAACUUUCAACAUGAUUCGUGGCGAAGUCACCCCCACUGAUGGUGACAUUUUUGUUAAUGGUAUUCCUGUUGUGCGCAAUAGAGCUUUGGCCCGUACCAAACUGGGUGUAUGCCCACAGUUUGAUGCCAUGGACAAGAUGACUGUUGUCGAAGUUCUUCGAUUCUACGCUCGCUUGCGUGGAAUUCAAGGUUCUAAAAUUACAAUUCAUCGCCACAUUGAAGAGCUCAUUGUUGCUGUUGAUCUUGUUAGAUUUCGCACACGCAUUGCACACAAGCUCUCAGGUGGUAACAAGCGCAAACUGUCCCUAGCUGUUGCCCUCAUUGGCAACCCCGAUGUUUUGCUGCUUGAUGAACCGUCCACCGGUAUGGAUGCAUUUGCAAAACGUAUCAUGUGGCGCACACUAUCUAAAGCAGCUCCAGGUCGUUCCAUUGUGCUAACCACACACUCUAUGGAAGAAGCAGAUGCCUUGGCCAACCGUGCAGGUAUUCUUGCACGCAAGAUGCUGGCCAUUGGAUCGGUCGAAACGCUGCGUGCAAAAUAUGGUAACGUGAUUCACGUCCACCUUGUGUGCAAUAACGCACCAGCUACAUCUGAGGCAGAAAUGGACGUUGUGGUUAAUGUUGUUCUGCACAUGUUCCCUGGUGCCACUGUGGAGGAUCGCAUGUAUCAGGGUCAAAUUAAAUUGGCAAUCCCUACACGCCGCUCGGCUGAUGACGCUGUUUCAAGUAACAUUUACUCUCAGGAGUCUAUGAUAGGAACUUCAAGCGCUGCUGCCAACGAAGUAAACCAAACACACAACUCGGUGGCGGAUGUGUUCAAGGUCUUUGAAAAUAACAAGCAGCUGCUGGGUAUCCAGUCUUACAGUGUAUACCCCACUCGUCUUGAGGAGGUGUUUUUAAAGCUUGUUGGUGAUUAUGUUGAUCAUAAUGAGUAA